GCCGCGCCCGCGUCACUAGUGUUUACAAUUCAAAGGCAUGACGGAUCAAUAGUUUCCCUGUCGCGUAUCCGUUCUGUAUAAUAGUGCUAAUUUAUUUUGUGAUUGCGCCUAACUUUAAAUAUGCCGUCCCGUGGAGAGGAUAUCCUCAAAGGCUUUCAAGUUAAUUGGAUGAAUUUGCGCGACGCUGACAAUGGGAAAAUCCUAUGGCAGGGUAACGAAGAUUUAUCUGUACCUGAUGUAGAGCACGAGGCGCGUGUACCAAAGAAGAUCCUGCGAUGCCGCGCGGUGUCGAGGGAAAUCAAUUUCAGUUCAGCAGAGCCUAUGGAAAGGUUUCGUUUAGAGCAGAAGGUAUUAUUCAAAGGCCGCUGCUUGGAGGAGUGGUUCUUCGAGUUUGGAUUCGUGAUUCCUAACAGCACAAAUACGUGGCAGAGCUUGAUUCAAGCUGCACCUGAGAGUCAAAUGAUGCCAGCAAAUGUAUUGAACGGCAACGUUGUGAUAGAAACAAAAUUCUACGACGAUGAUCUCUUAGUGUCUACCAGUCGAGUCCGUCUCUUCUAUGUCUAAGUUGAUUUUCGAACGGUCCUCAUAAUCGCAUAUAACAUGGGACCAAUCAGUGUGAACAGAAUAUGUAUGGAAGUAGAACACACACAAGUGAAAAGUUCUUACAAACAAAUCGACUUUCCAUCGUUAUGAUCUCUUACAUUAUGUGUUUGUUACACACGUGUUAGUGGUUUUGACAAUCUCAUAAUUACAUAGUAAUUUACACAGUUAGAUUUCAAGCGCCUUCUUACAAAAUUACAGUUCUCUGUACAACUGCAUUUUGAUUUCGAUAUGGCCUAAUAUAUAUCUAGACUGCGUUUUUCACUUUUGGACAUGUGUGAGGCAUAUCAUAAGACAUGCACUGUUAAGGCACACAAUUUUGUUAUUUAUUAGGUAUAAAUGAAUAUAAUAAGUUUUGUACAUAUUGUAAUACACAACACCAAGCAAUAAAGUCCUAAAAGAAGUUGAA